CUGCGCCGCCGCCGCCUGACGCACUUCCUGUUUGUUGUUGGAGAAAGGAGAGAAAGGAAAGCGCGAGGACCGUCGCCGCCUCCGCCACCGCGCCGGAGCCGAGGAGCCCCGACUGUAGCCCCAGCGCGCUUUCCGCCGCUGGCUCCCGCGUCCUCGGACUUGUUCCAACAGCCUGUUAAAACAUGGUGGAUUACUAUGAAGUUCUAGGCGUGCAGAGACACGCCUCGGCCGAGGAUAUUAAAAAGGCAUAUCGGAAACUGGCACUGAAGUGGCAUCCAGAUAAAAAUCCUGAGAACAAAGAAGAAGCGGAAAGAAAAUUCAAGCAAGUAGCUGAGGCGUAUGAGGUGUUGUCAGAUGCUAAAAAACGGGACAUCUAUGACAGAUACGGCAAAGAAGGAUUAAACGGUGGCGGUGGAGGUGGAAGUCACUUCGACAGUCCGUUUGAGUUUGGCUUCACAUUCCGAAACCCAGAUGACGUCUUCAGGGAAUUUUUUGGUGGAAGGGACCCAUUUUCAUUCGACUUCUUCGAAGACCCGUUUGAGGACUUCUUUGGAAAUCGAAGGGGCCCCCGCGGAAGCCGGAGCCGAGGCACGGGCUCGUUCUUCUCUGCUUUCAGCGGAUUUCCCUCCUUUGGAGGGGCGUUUCCUUCCUUUGAUACAGGAUUCACUUCCUUCAGCCCGCUAGGCCACGGGGGCCUCACAGCGUUCUCCUCCUCCUCGGCCUUCGGUGGGAGUGGGAUGGGCAACUACAAGUCCAUAUCGACGUCGACGAAAGUGGUGAACGGCAGGAAGAUCACCACCAAGAGGAUUGUCGAGAAUGGUCAAGAAAGGGUGGAAGUUGAAGAAGACGGCCAGUUAAAGUCCUUGACGAUAAAUGGUGUGGCCGACGAGGACGCCUUCGCGGAGGAAUGCCUACGACGAGGCCAGAGCGCGCUGCCCGCCCAGCCCGCCAGCUCCAGCGCCCGCUCGCUGCGGCCGCCGCGGCCCGCGCCCCCUCCCCGGCCGGCGCACGCCGCGGGGGAGGACGAGGACGCGCCGGGCGCCUUCUGCGCAGGUGUGCACCGGGGCCCCGCCCCCCGGCCGCCGCGGGGCCCCCGAGGACAGAGACGCCUCCUGUGCUGCUGCGUGCUGGCCUGACGGGAUUCAAAGAAGGCGGCAAGAGGAAGAAGCCGAAGCACAGAGAGGAGUCGAAGAAGAAGAAGCCGACCAAGGGCCCCCUCUAGACGGCCGCGGCGGAGCAGCCGUGUGCACUCGCGUGCGGCCCGCCUCCUGU